AGCUGACCCACUACACAGGGGAAGCAAGAGAUGGGCAAAAGCUGACCCUGAGACAUGAGCUGCUGUCACACCCUUCCCGACCACUCAAGCCUUUGCUGAUCUUAGUCCACAUGAAGGACAUGUGUGCAAAGACUCCCAGAGGCUGAAGACGGCAGAACACAGAGAAAGGAAAAUAACUUCUCCAUAGUGUGAUGCUGGCAGAGGACAAGAACUGUCACAGUUUCAUCCUUACCUGCAGCUGCAAAAAGAAAAAGAAAAAGAAAAGAAGAAGAAAAAAAAGCAGGAAGAAGAAGAAGAAAAAGAAGAAGCAGCCCUUAGCUCUCAGCCUCUGAAAACUGCGAAGACAAUCUGGAAUAGCAAUACCCACUGGUUUAUUUUGCUGCCUGACGCCUUCUGCCCAGCAUCUGAAGUGAACUUCCAUCAUCAAUUGCUUUUUUUUUUUUUUUUUUUGGCCCCAGACCAAGGUGUUCUGGAUUCUGUUGACUUGAGGCUGGAGAGACUGGUCUUGCUUGUUGCCAACUUGCGAACCAGUGUGAUGGUGAAAUGAGAUGAGGCUCCGAAAUGGAACUGUGGCCACUGCGCUGGUGUUUGUCACGUCCUUCCUUACCCUAUCCUGGUAUACCACGUGGCAAAAUGGGAAAGAAAAACUAAUUGCUUAUCAACGAGAAUUCCUCGCUCUAAAAGAACGUCUUCGAGUGGCCGAACAUAGGAUAUCUCAGCGCUCCUCAGAGCUAAACACCAUUGUCCAACAGUUCCGCCGAGCUGGGGCAGAGACUAAUGGAAGUAGGACUGCUCUGAGUACAAUCUCAGAUAAUACCAUAAAGCUUCUAAAAGAGUUGACAAGCAAAAAAUCACUUCACGUGCCAAGUAUUUAUUAUCAUUUGCCUCAUCUAUUGCAAAAUGAAAGAAGCCUUCAGCCCGCCGUACAGAUUGGCAGUGGAAGAACGGGAGUUUCAAUAGUUAUGGGAAUUCCUACUGUGAAGAGAGAAGUUAAAUCUUACCUCGUAGAAACCCUUCACUCCCUUAUUGAUAAUCUGUAUCCUGAAGAGAAGCUGGACUGCGUUAUAGUCGUCUUCAUAGGAGAGACAGAUCUUGAUUAUGUUCACAGCGUUGUUGCCAACCUGGAGAAAGAAUUUUCUAAAGAAAUUAGUUCUGGCCUGCUGGAAAUAAUCUCUCCUCCUGAAAGCUAUUAUCCUGACCUGACAAACCUGAAGGAGACAUUUGGAGACUCCAAGGAAAGAGUAAGAUGGAGAACCAAGCAAAACCUGGACUAUUGUUUUCUGAUGAUGUAUGCUCAGGAGAAGGGCAUCUACUACAUUCAGCUUGAAGAUGAUAUUAUUGUCAAACAAAACUAUUUUAAUACCAUAAAAAAUUUUGCACUUCAACUUUCUUCAGAAGAAUGGAUGAUUCUCGAGUUUUCCCAGCUUGGCUUCAUUGGAAAAAUGUUCCAGGCGCCAGACCUCGCUCUGGUUGUGGAGUUCAUCCUUAUGUUCUAUAAGGAGAAGCCCAUCGACUGGCUCUUGGACCACAUUCUCUGGGUGAAGGUCUGCAACCCUGAAAAAGAUGCCAAACACUGCGACAGACAGAAGGCAAACCUACGAAUCCGCUUCCGACCCUCCCUCUUCCAGCACGUGGGUCUACACUCGUCUCUGUCAGGGAAAAUUCAGAAACUCACGGAUAAAGAUUACAUGAAACCGUUGCUUCUCAAGAUCCAUGUGAACCCACCUGCAGAGGUCUCCACCUCCCUGAAGGUGUACCAAGGGCACACGCUGGAGAAGACCUACAUGGGGGAAGACUUCUUUUGGGCCAUCACCCCCACGGCUGGGGACUACAUCUUGUUUAAAUUCGACAAACCGGUCAAUGUGGAGAGUUAUUUGUUCCACAGCGGCAAUCAAGAGCACCCAGGAGACAUCCUGCUGAACACAACCGUGGAUGUCCUGCCUCUUAAGAGCGACAGUUUGGAAAUCAGCAAAGAAACCAAAGAAAAACGAUUAGAAGAUGGCUAUUUCAGAAUAGGAAAAUUUGAGUAUGGUGUUGCAGAGGGAAUCGUGGAUCCUGGUCUAAACCCUAUUUCAGCCUUUCGACUUUCGGUUAUUCAGAACUCCGCUGUUUGGGCCAUUCUUAAUGAGAUUCAUAUUAAAAAAGUCACCAGUUGAACCUGCUUAGAAACCAACAUGUCCUUUCUUAUGACUCUUGAUUAAAGAUAAUUAGCACGUCCUCUUCUGUUUGGACUUGAACACUACCUCUCGUGAAGCCUACUGUAGAUAAGAUGAUUGUCAUCUCCACUUGGACAGGGACUCUUCCCACGGAUAACUGCAUUCAUUUGAAGCUAGGCUGUCCUCCAGUUUGAACUUGACACAAAUGUUUUACAAUCCUGACAGCCUGUUAACAUGACCGAGACUAUUUUGGUAUUAUACUAAUACACAAGAGUUGUACAUAUUGUUACAUUCCUUAAAAUUUGAGAAAACUGAUGUUAACUACAUUUUGUGAAGGGGGUACUUUUGAAGUCCACUUAUUUUACUAUUAUAGACCCUCUUUUAUAGACGAUCAGGGAUAUUAUAUAUAUAUAAAUAUAAAUAUAUAAAUACACAUGAAGAUGUUAUGAAGUUAAUUUAUUAGAAGCACUUAAGAAGUACAUAUUUUUGUGCAGUAAAGUUUUGAAUCAACACCUUUUUUUGAAGAAGCGGUUCCCCAGCUUUUUUAAGUUCUUUCUAUAUUUUUAUUUGGAGAUGCAGACAUUAUAGAUCAACGCCAUUUUUUCCAGUGCACUGCCAUUCCAGAUUGGUUCUAGAUGGGUUUCUUAACUUGAAGUACUUUUAUAAUCACAGCAAUUCUGAACAAAAUAUUUUCAGAGGCAUUUGUCAUUCCUAAAAAAUCAAGAUUUUAAAAGACCAAUGUCCUCUCGAGGAUUACUGUACUGUGUAUGGUGUGUAGCCAUGGAAAACCAGUGUGAUUGUCAGUGUCCAGGUGGGAGGCCCCUGCCACGUCUCCACAGACUCCUUCACCCGUUCAUAGUUCCCUCCAUGUGGGUGAUAAGUCUCCUUUCCCUUUUGCUCUGUCCUUAAUCAGUAGUUAGACACACUGUCUCUUUUUCUCCCUGGUUGGUCCUUUGAUAGACCAAAAACCUGUGGUAGGUUUUGGAGUUCAGAUAAUGUUUUCUGGGUAAUGCUGUUGUGUGAGUUAUAUUGGGUGAGGGGCUCUGGCAAAAGACAACCGUAGCACUUGUUUCUUCUGCCGUGUCAUGAACAUGGAGGUGAAUACUGUGUCCACAGAGUGUGUGUGCAUCCUCACCUCGCAGUUCCAAGUAACGCUAGUUGGCAAAAGUGCUUUGCUCUUACAGUCAGGAAGGCGGGGCAGCAGUUGAUGCGUAGAGCUGCGCGUGUCCAGCAGGUGUGGCGGAGGCCUAGGGCUAUGGGAGGUCCCAGCAGGUGGCCUCAUCCUGGAGCUUUCUUAGUUGCCCAGUAUAUGGAACACACAGUACUAAGCAGCUGCCAUUUUGUAUGUUCUGACUGGGAAAAUGUAGAUAAACACUACUGUGCAUGGCAAAGCCCAGCUGAAGCUUUUCUUGGUGUUUUGUAAGUUUCCCCUCUCGUUUCUUCCAACUUUUAGAUUUCUUCUGUGAUUUCCUAUGCCCUGUGCCCACAAACAAAUCCUUAGAAAAUGUAAGCACUGUCCUCCCACACUCAAGUGUGCAGCAGCAGGGUAACAGACUGUGAAACCAGGCAGAUGUGUGCAGGUCUUAGGUCUCUGCUUUCUCAGUGGCGGCUGCAAGUUCAGGAAGGCCAAGCUUUGAAACUCCAGCGGGCCCUCUGAAUGUCUCCUGCGUAGGUCUUUGAGCAUAUCCAUUGGCUGGGCUCUACCCAUCUGUCUUGUCUCUAGGAACUCUUUUAGCCAAGUCCUUUCCUUCAUUCAAGGAAUCCCUCCCUUUUCCCCCAUGAGCUUGUUCCCAGUACCUGGAACAUGCCUGAGCCUUGGCAGGCUCUUUUAACAUUUGGAUGAGCCAAUUAACUAGCCAGGUUGCUCUCAUCUCUCUCCUAGCAAUGUUUGCCUGCUAUCUUGCCAUGCACGGGCACACAUACUCUGUGUCUAGUCUUCAUUGUGUAUGGUGUGUAUUCUCCAACACACUCCAAGCUCUGGAAGCCAGCUCUCCUGUCUUCCACCACAUCAGGAGCUCUUCUGAUCCCUCAGUGUUAGUUGCUCCCUCCUUUGUACCCAGUUCAGCAUUAGGCUGUCGGAAACAGAUGUGUUUGCCCCAAGCAAGAUUCUGUGGAGGUUGGUGAGGAUGAAGACUAGAAGAGGUGAAGACAGAGUGCUUAGAACUGCAAGGUGUCCAUCCACGUUAUCCCUUGGAGGCCACCAACUGACUUUCACCCACAUAGUGACGGGGAAAAGUGCCAAAUGCAGUACUAAUUUAUCUGUGAAAUAGGUCAUGGUUGGCAUCAGUGUGUAUUUCAAAUAGCUGAGAUCUAGAGCAGUGCUGGCCUCUACAGAAGCUACAAAACACACCUGUUGAAAUGAAAAGUUGAGUUGGCAGCCUUCGGAGUGCUCAGUGGCCACAUAGCCAGCAGCCACCAUAUUGGAUCCUAGAAAUAUAGGACACUGGCAUCACGGUGGGAGGGUUCUGCUGGCCAUGUAAACAUGAGCAUUCUAGAAAGGAGGAGUGCUCCUGCUGCUGUGGUUAAAAAUAGACCUAUGGAUCCGUUAAUGUGGGUGAAGGUGUGGAUUUUGGUGGAACGGCCAAGAUUUCCCAGCUACAUGUUAGUACCAUCCUUCUUCCCAGCAUGCAUUGUUUCAGUAUCCUCGAGGUACAUUUGAAAAGCAUGAAAGUGAAUGCAGAUGGAUGAUUUAGCUUGUAGGUUAGACAUGUGUUAUGUCCAUCAAAGUGUGUUUGAACAAAGGUUCCUGAAAUCAUUGGUUACAUGUAAAAGAUUAGGUAUGCUUAUUUCAAAAGCUGUCAGGAAAGUUGGGAGACUAGACUUCUUUUUAAGUCUUUCAUAAUUACGAGAACUACAGUUCUCAACAUUGCUAUCCCUCAAGGAAAAGUUUGCUUAUGUGGAAAGAAUUGAUGUUGGCAAAGGUUGUUCCAGUUAAUAAGUGUAUAUCUGUCACAUGCAGGAUUCUAAGAACGACCUCUCCCAUGACUUUGUACAAUAUCCUCCCCUUCUGAGUAUAUCGAGAACUGUGACCAUGUCAUGUCUUGUUACUUAACAAAAGGGAGAUUAUCUGUGGGUGACUGGCCCAAUCUCAAGAGCCAUGUCAGGCUGGUAGAAGUGAGAGACAGCAGCAGCAGAACUCUGAACAGUAUCGCUGGUCUAAGUGACUGCAGGUGGCCUGCCUUAAGGAGCCAGAGGCUUCGUUACCACCAAGUGGGAGCUGUAAGACCUUUUGCCAUAAGGCAGUUUGACCCAGACACUUACCUAAGCUUGGACAGGAAAUCCUUGGAUGAGCAGCUAGCCUGGUAAACACCUUCACUGCAGCUUUGUAAGUGGGCCCUACCUAGACUUCUGAUGUGCAGCAGUGGAUAAUAAACAGGCAGUGCUAUAUGUGGCUAGGUUUGUGGUGUCUUUUAAAAGCAACAGACUCUGUCCUGAGAAGUCUUCAUAUGUGAUUGCCUGCAGUAGACUAGUUUUUAAGAUUCACCUUGCACCCCAGGCUGGUUCUCCCAGUUCUGCCUCUCAAGUGCUGAUGUGCAUCACCAUGCCCAGCUGACUGAUGGUUUUUGACCUAAGAAUAAACUCAUUCCUAGCAAACCCUGUUCCCUGGUCUCUGCUAGGAUACUUAGUGCCAGGACCCUUGUCUCCACUACAAGUCAGACUUGUGUUAAGUUUUUGUUCUGUAAAACUGCCAGGAUGAGGUUGUAGGUGUGGGCUGUAGGCAUCUUUUUCUCCUAGAUGCUCCUAAUUAUACUGACUUAAAGGCCUGACAGAAGUACAGGAAAGAAUGAUGAAUGGUAUUUUAGACCAGAUUGAUGAGAAGAAAAAUUCCCACCUUCAUGUCAACUUGCUGGUGUGCCUAACCUUCUGACAGUGCAGCAUGGGGCUGGCAUCUACAGGGUCCAUGCUCAAGAACCACAUGGUCAAGUUACAAAAACAAGGACACUGUUAAAAAGCUUUGAGUAAGUUUACAGUCUUGUAUUGUGCCACUCAUUGCUAUCCUGGGCCACAGGCUGCAAUGACAGGUGUAAUUUUUUUUUUAAAAAAAAAUCACUUAGCUGAGUAGCUCAUGGCUCAAACCCUGUAUGUUCUGACCAAGGUUUUGUAUUUGUUCCCUAAAAUACCUGCACUUCCAAGCCAUUAACUGCUAAUGAAGUUUCUUAUCUUGGUUCACUCAUCCAUGCUUAUUAUCAUUAUUAUUAACCAUGCUGCCAUAGCCUUGAAGGCAAUAAACAGAACUGAAGGAACGGAAACCAGGGGUUAACACUGUCCUCAUCUUCACAUGGUAAGGGAUCCAGUCCCAGUUUCAAGGCUUCUAGAAAAGGGCAUCCCCGAGCUAUGUAGCAACUUUUACAGCUUGUAAAACUUAACUUUGAUAGUUGAGAGGACUUACAUGAUUAAUAUUAACAUGUAUGCUAUGCUAAUUAAUAUGCUAAAUUUAAUGCAUGUGAACAUACAAUGCUACAAGAUGACCACAGCCUUUUACAAAGAGAAAAAGAAUAAAACCACCAACAAAAACACCCCAAGGAUUUUGUUACCCGUGCCCCUGUACUCUAUCAUUAGCUAAAUGGACCUGUUUCUGAAAUGCUCCCCUUUCCAGUUUCUGCACUACCUAAAACUGCAAGUGUGAAAGUGGACAGGCAGCAGGUUGACCUGCGUGUGCAGUGUGAACCCUGGUCCCCAGCGGGGCUCCUGCUGCUCUGAACAUAGGCUUGUUGUGGGGACAGCUAAAUACUUGUGAUACUAAGGAGGCUGCUUCCUACAGCUGCUCUGCCUCUGAGUUAGCGAUUAGUCCCAGAAUAACAAGAGUAGGGUCCUUUAGCUUUCGUAGCAUUCCAUUCUUUAUUGGAAAUGCUCCAGCUGUGUAAGACCACCUAAAGAACAUUCUCUGGAGCCUUACAAAGAGCUGCUGGGACAAUGCUGUCUGAGUCCACUAAGCCUCACACCUGUUUCCCCCAAUGGAGUCAAGGACGGCUCAGUUGGAGCACUUCCUCCACAUGGUCCGUCUUUGUGUUGGGGGACAGUCUUGGAGCAGCCCAAGGAGCCCCUUUGCUAGGAUGUACCAGGUUCUCUUUUCUCUGCACAUACGUUGCUCACAAUGUCUUCAUGGGUUGAACAAUUAAUAACUGCAGUAAUAUUUGAGGUACCUGUUGAAUUUUUAAAGGCAGAUUAUUUAUUUUCAAGUUCGCUGCUAUAAUUGAAACCUAAUAAUGUCCUGUUGACUGUGCCUUUCAUAACUGUCUCUGUGCUACAACUGUCCAUGUGUAUUUCAAAUAAAGAAGUUUGAAAAGCUAUGUUGAAUUAAGAUUCCUUCUAAUAAAAAUGGCUUAAACCAA